AUGGCCCCAAUCGAACGCAUCACCCUCUUCAAGAUCCCCAACGAGGCGGACCGGCUGCGCGUGCUGGAACAGUACAAGGUGCUCUCCAAGACCGCGACCAAGGACGGAAAGCCUUAUAUCGUCGCAGCUGCCGUCGGCCAAUCGAUCGACGACCCCCGGAACCAGGGCUUCAAUAUCUCGGUUAAGACGACGUUUGCCUCGAUGGAGGAUAUGAAGUACUACGAUACGGAGUGUGAGGCGCAUAAGGCGCUCAAGGCUGUUGCGGGGCCCGUCAAGGAGGAUGUUCUGACUACGUUCUAUGAGAACAUUCUCUAG